AUGGAGAACCAGCCUCAGGCAGAAACGAUUCCCGGGAUGCUGGUCUCUACACCGACAACCGACCAAAAAUUGGAGAUUGGCCCUCUGGUCGAACAGCUUAACCUAUACUGGAGAGACUGUCAGAAUCUUCGGUGGCACAUACAAGCGCUGCAAACCGAGCUCGGAAGGAUGCAAAGGGAGAAUACCAAACUCCAAGGUGACUACAACAAGGAACGCCACCGACAUGCGCAGACGCGCGGUGAGGUCCUCCAAUUAUAUGAUCAGUUCCAGCGUUUGAGCGGCAUGUUGUCUGGAGAAGGAGGGAGCGCCCAACCCGUUCUUUCUAUUUUCUUCGAACUGGAGGCGAGAAGCUUGUCUUUACAGCAUGCUGAAUCCGAGCUCUGCCAGUGGGUUGCCGCUUUAAGAGCGACUUGCCAGCGUGUAGAAGACAGAUAUUCCAACUCAUUGCGUGGUCAGCAGUAUUGUCCAGUUCCACCCACCCAUCAGCAACCAUAUCAGCAUUGGCAGUAUGGGCCAACCGACACGACGCGACCAGGGCCAACAGAGGCCUCGCGUGCCAGACUGAAGUGA